UUGCUUUUGCGGGUUCAAACUUGUGCAGGCACAACGAUGAAGUCAGUGUGAUGUCAUUCCAUAUGGUCCAUCCUCCUGUCUCAAAAGUGCUGUAAUUUUCUUCUACCACCGGAAAUUUGACUCGGGAGAGGAAUGCAGGACCCGUAGCCAGUUAUAAUUGUGAUUCAAGACACAACUUCUAUUAGCAGCAACCCAGUCAGACCAUGGCUGGCUUCAGACAAGAGGAUGUGGAGGCGUUCUAUGAUAUGGGAGAGGAGCUAGGGAGUGGACAAUUCGCCAUCGUACGGAAGUGUAAAGACAAGAGUUCUGGCUCGGAGUACGCCGCCAAGUUAAUCAAGAAGCGUCGCCUGUCGUCCAGCCGCCGGGGCGUAAGCCGCGAGGAGAUCGAGAGGGAGGUGAACAUUCUGAGAGAGAUCCAGCACAGCAACAUCAUCACGCUGCACGACAUCUUCGAGAACAAGACAGACGUCAUCCUCAUCCUGGAGCUAGUGUCUGGAGGGGAACUAUUUGACUUCCUGGCAGAGAAGGAGUCUCUAACAGAGGAGGAGGCCACACAGUUCCUCAAACAGAUCCUGGACGGGGUCUACUAUCUACACUCCAAACGCAUCGCUCAUUUUGACCUGAAGCCAGAGAACAUCAUGCUGCUUGAUAAGAACGUCUCCAACCCCAGGAUCAAACUCAUCGACUUCGGCAUCGCUCAUCAGAUCAAAGCUGGAAAUGAGUUUAAGAAUAUCUUUGGAACGCCAGAGUUUGUUGCUCCAGAGAUAGUCAACUAUGAACCACUCGGACUGGAGGCUGACAUGUGGAGUAUUGGAGUUAUCACGUACAUUCUGUUGAGUGGUGCCUCUCCGUUCCUGGGGGAGACCAAGCAGGAGACUCUGACCAACAUCUCUGCUGUCAACUAUGACUUUGACGAGGAGUACUUCAGCAAUACCAGUGAGCUGGCCAAGGACUUCAUCAGACGCCUGCUGGUCAAGGAUCCCAAGAAGAGGAUGACCAUCGAUGACAGCCUUCAGCAUCCCUGGAUCAAGGUGAUCAAGAGGCGGAACGUGCGCCAGGAGGAGAGCGGGAAGAAGCCGGAGCGCAGGCGCCUGAAGACCACGCGUCUAAAGGAGUACACUAUCAAGUCCCACUCCUCCAUGCCCCCAAACAACACCUACGUCAACUUCGAACGCUUCUCCCAGGUGCUGGAGGAGAUCGCUGCUGCUGAGGAGGGGCUGAGAGACCUGGAACAAAACCAGAGGUCGUGCCGGGAGGACGUGGCUGCUCUCCUGUCUAUCUACGAGGAGAAGGAGGGCUGGUACAAGGAGGAGAACCAGAGCAUCGCCAGCGACCUGGGUCACAUCCGCCAGGAGCUGCAGCGUACCCAGGCCCAGCGCAGGCAGAGUCAGGAGGAUGCCCGCGCCACCAUGCUGGCUGCUAACGCCCUCAAGAGGAAGUUUGGCCGUCUGGAGAACCGUUACGAGGUCCUGGCAGAACAGGUGGCGUCGGAGGUGCUCUGGGUGGAGGAGCUGGUCAGGGGGAUAGAGAAGGAGAAGGACAGCCUCGUCAUGCCCUGAGUUUGGCCUGGCUUCUAGUAUCACUGACCUGGUCAUGCCUGAGUUCAGCCUGGCUUCUAGUAUCACUGACCUGGUCAUGCCUGAGUUCAGCCUGGCUUCUAGUAUCACUGACCUGGUCAUGCCCUGAGGCCAGCCUGGUUUGGUACAGACACCGGUCUUAUAUACCAGCUGUCAUUAGAUUCAGAACAAGGGCCCAGAGUUUUUCUGGUGAGGGAAAACUCUGGCCCCUGGUCAUAAGCCAGGCAUUUGAUUAGGAAAAAUGAUCCCCCUUCCCCAUCUUCCCUUUCUAAUGAGAGCACCAACAAUGUAUAGAGUCCCUCCCUACUAUGAACACAUUUAAUCAACAAAAUAUGUGUUUAAUGAAUGUCCAUUCCAGUAUUUUCUAAAUUAAUUCAUAAUGUUGAAAAUGGUAAAGAUUGUGAUUCAUUUUUGCAGUAUAUUUGGUUAAGAUGAUGAUACAUACAUACAUACAUACAUACAUACAUACAGGAAGGUUUUCUGCACCUGCAAUCAUUUUCCUAUAGUUUUUUAGCCCCAUACUUAAAGGGAUAUUUAUCAUUAACAGCUGACUAUGAUUGACCAAUAAGGCCCAAGGGGGUGUGGUAUACGGCCAGUUCUUAUGCAUGAUACAACACAGUGCCUGGACACAGUCCUUAGCCGUGGUAUAUUGGCCAUAUACCACAAACCCCCAAGGUGCCUUAUUGCUAUUAUAAACUGGUUACCUACAUAACUAGAGCAGUAAAAACAAAUGUUUUGUCAUACCCAUGGCGUACAGUGUGAUAUACCACGGCUGUCAGCCAAUCAGCAUUCUGGGCUUGAACCACCCAGGUUAGAAGUAACAACAACAUAGUAGAAACAAUAGAACAUGUGUUAUAGGGAGAUUCCAUUUUGAAGAUAAUCUUUGCUGUACUGCGAUGCGAAGCUACAGACAGAUGCAUAUACUAUACUAUAUAUUUAUACUAUAUAAAUACUAAUAGUUCUCUUACGUGUGAAGAGAGUCGUCUUAAAAUGGAUUGUACAAACCUGUUUUGCAACUUGCACACAGCCUGUACAUUGAACACCUUAUUGCCUAUACAUAAGCUAAAUCAAGUGUGUAGUAAUGUCUAAACCAUUUCAUGAAUAAUGGAAGUCUAGUGACUGUCCCUCCAAAACGUUUUAGGCCGGUUUCCCUGGACCCUGGACUAUAAAUAAUGGUCACUGGAGAACCUCCAUUUCGAAAAUAGCAUUUUAGUUCAGUAUUUAGCUUAAUCCGUGUCCGGGGAAAACCGUCCCUUUCAAAUACAACUAUUGCACAGUAGCCUCAUACCAAAUGAUCUGCAUGUCUUAUCUGCUACUAUAUUUGAAUGAUUGUUUUAGUCAGCCUUCGGUCGCUAUGACCAUAGCCCCACACUACAGACAUUCCAUGAGUUGGUCUUAAAUCUAUGCAUCACAUUCCAUGUUCCACAUAGAACUCUAUGUACUGUACAUUUCCCUAGUUUAAUAUACUAUUUUGCACUUAAAUAUAGCCGUGUUCCAAACUAUUUCCCAUUCAAUCAUUUUUUUUUUUUCUUUUUUAAAUGUACCCAAAACUUAUAAUGGUAUGUAUUGUUAAGUUUGAAUGAUGACAUAUUUAGAUGGGGUUUUGUUUCAAAUAAACAAACUCAUAACCUAAA